AUGCAAACCGAGAACAAAAUACGGGGGGGAAAGCGACAGAGAGAUAGGAGAGAGAGAGAUCCGAGCCCACACCGCAGCCAGAUCCGAAUCAGUCCGUCCUCCGCCGCCGGCUCGCGCUCGCUCACCGCCGCGAAGCCAGCAUCCCCACCGGGACGCUCGCAUCACACCCGGGCGCCGAGCGCCGUCGCCACCGCCGCGGGCAGCGGCCUCUUCCUUUGCAUCACCGUCGCCGCCGCAGCUGGCAGAGGCACGCGCGGGCAGGCGGCGCGGGGCGAGCCCGGGGCGCCCAGAGCCGGAGCCUGGGCCGGGCCGGACCGGGCCGGGGAGCGGGCGGAGCGGGCGGGGGCCGGUCCCGACCGACGGCAGCGACGGCUGGGCUCGCUCAGUCCCCGGUCUCAUACAGCGCGAGCGGCAGGUCGGAGCAGCCUCCCCGGGAGGAUGUCCAGCGGCAGCCCUCCUCUCGCCAGCCCUUGGGGUUCUUCCGUUGAGGCAUUGAAGACAGGAGGAAGGGGUCCGUCAUGGGCUCGCCGGGCUCCGCGCCACCUCUGCGGUCUUGCAGAGAGAGGAGCGGGUGGGUGGGCGUCUGGGAGGAGGCUGGAGGGUGGCGGAGGGGAACGGGGGUGGCUCGAGGGGGCGGGGAGGGGGGAGGGGACAGGAAGAUGGCAGAGUUACCAAGUGAGCGCCUUCGUCACAGCCCCGGGCUGCAGGACCCUCCAGGAAGCCCAGCGCCUCGCCAAAGUCGGGCAGCCGCGCGCGGCGGGCACCCCCAGGGCUGGUGCGCUGCAGACUGGGGCGGCGGCGACAGCAAGGACAUCACAGCUGCUGGGAUCCUGGGGGACGGGAGGGGGAGGGAUGAGGACCGGGCUGGGAUCAGUCCCUCUGCCGCCCGCCCGCCCGCCGGGGAAGGGGUGAGCCUGGCGCCUGCGAACCCCCAGCGGGACCCGGGCGCUGGGAGAGGCAGAAAGGAGGGGGCACCCCGCGCAAAUCCCCUGUGGGCUUUGGGUCUUAUACUUUUUAAGGGUUAGAAAUUGCGGCAGGUCUGCCUCGCGCCCCUGGUCUUUUUUCCAUCUGUCUAAGGGGAGCUGGCGCUGGCCAGCCCGCUGUCCCCUCCGGGGUGGAAGCUUCUCGGCCCGCGUCGCUCAGUCUGGACCCCGGGGCGGCGGUGCCGGAGGAGGGCGCAGGCUGUAAAAGUUUAGCGGCUCAUCCCCGGGCCAGAGGCCGAGGCCGCUGCCUCCGAUGCACCACCAGGACGCUGGUCCCGGUAAUUUACCUUCCCUUCCUUAAAGGAUUUAAAGCAGCCCCGAAGGCAAACACAUUUUCCCCCCAGCCGGCACACAGGCGCGCGCGCGUCUUCGGCGCCUUAAACUCGGGGAGAAACGGACUUGGUAAAACAGCAGCCCCAGAAGAGCCGAGCUGGUAAAGAGCGAAGAUCAGCAAGUCGCGAGAAGCAGCAGCAGCGCGGCGGGGGCCGAGCGCGCGGGAGCGCCAGUCCCUCCCCGGACGCCCCGGCGCACCGCCUCCCCGCCCAGGGCCGGCCCGCCCUCCUCGGCCUCUGCAGACUUCGCCGCGCCGGCCACCCCGGCGCCCGCCCGCCCGCCCGACCUCGCCCGCACACAGGGAGCCCGCGCCCGCCGUGGUCCCCCGGCCGGGACCUCCCCGAGCGCGCCGCUGACUCAGCCUCGGGGGCCCCGGAUUGCGCUCCAGACGGCCGCAGAGCUCCAACUCUACCAGAACCGGAGGCCUGAGCCUGCGCGAGGAGCUAGAGGCUCAAGAAAAGGAAACGGAGAGAGGAUGGGUGGAAAGCCGGUGCAUGCUUGUAAUUACUUGGAGGCAGAGACAGAAAGAUUACUAUGAGUUUGAGGCCACCUUGUUCUACACAGUUAAUCUAAGAAAGAAAAAAUACAAAAAGAGCUGGUAUUAUAGCACAACGUGAAGUUCCCAAAUCAAUACCCAGUGCUAUCCCUCCAGGAAUGUCUUUAGGUGACACAUUAUGGGCAAGGUUUUCCUUUACAACAUGACCUGAUGAAAUUAUGUUACUCUGAUAAGGUUUCUGUCUUGAUGCAGAAAACCUGAAGGGAAUUAAUCCAAAGAAGAAAAGGUUCAUCUUGGUGUGGUUUCACUUGGCUACAUUGCUUCUGGUGCCAUGAAAGAAAUCAUUGGAAGGAACACAUAAUAUGAAAUGAAUAUUCUCCACACAUUUCAAAUGUAUGCUGCAGAAUUUUCAGUAAUAAUUGAGAUCUAUCUGCUGUCAUGUAGAUCGCAACAAUUUAUACAUUUUAAAGAUUAGCUGAAAUGUUAUAUGCACUGAAGAAGAACUCCACAUUUCUCUUCUUAGAUACUUCAUAUAAAUGGAACCAUGGAGCAUUUUUCCUUCUGUAACUGACUUUGUUCAUUUAGCAUAAUGUUCUCACGAUGCAUUCAUUUAGCAUAUAACAGAAUUCUUUCCUAUUUAAGAUUGAAUAAUAUUCCAUUGUAUGCAUAAAUCAAAUACAUCUUUAGUCUUUCAUCUGUCCAUGGACAUUUAUCCUGUUUCUAACUCUUUCCUAGUUUAAAUAAUGCUGUCAUGAACAUGGGAGUGCAAAUGUCUUUUUGAGUGCAAUUAUUUUGCACUGUUUGCAAUUGUUUUGGAUAAAAAUCCAGCAAUGAGUUGUCAAAUCCUAUGACAGUUCUAUUUUUAGUAUUUUGCAUAACUUCAUACUAUUUUCCACAGUGGUCAUAUCAUUUUACCUCUCCACCAACAUUAUAAAAAGAUUCUGUAUUCUCUCAUACUUAUACUUGCUAUUUUGUUAUAAUAACAGGUAAAAGGUGUUAUUACUUUGUAGUUUUGAUUUACACUUCUCUGAUAAUCAGUGACAUUGAAAAUCUGUCCAUACACUCACCUGCUGGUUAUUUGAGUAUCCUGUUCUGAGAAAUAUUGAGUUCUUUGUUUACUUUUUAAUCUCUGUCUGUGUGGUAUUUACUAUACAUUUGUAGAAUUUUCUCACAUAUUUUGAAUGUUUAUCCUUUAUAAAAUAAAUCGUAGGUAAUUUUCCCCAUUUUCUAGGAUGCCUCCUCACUCCGUUUCCUUUGCUAUGCCAAAGACUUUUAGUUUGAUGUAGCCCCAGAUAUCUAUUUUUGUUUUUAUUGCUUCUCUUUUUAUUGUAUGUAUUUAGUUAAAUGUGUGAUUUAUCAAAGUCAUAUAACGUUAUUGAACCAUAUACUUAUUUAUAUAAAAAUUUAGUAAUUAAGUCAUGCACUCUUUUAAGUAAUUUACAUAUGCUUAUGUAUAAAAAAUAAUGAGCUAUGUGUAUUUUAUCCGUUUUCCAGAUGAAAAUCCUGGAGACAGUGAAUUGGUUGAUAUAACAAGGAGGCUGUUUUGCUGCAAAAUCUGUAUAUUUAAGUAUUAAGUCAUGCUGUGUCUCUGCUUCUUGAUGAGUUGCUUAAUUGAAUAAAUGACUGAAUGAUGUGUACAUGGGUUAACGACUAAUGAAAUGGAAAGAGUACUGAUACAGUAAUCAAAUAAAAAUGUUAGAGGUGAUGUUCAUCUUUUAAAAUAAUUGGUAGAAUUGUCACAUAAAUAUGUUGGGAAUAAAGUCUGCUUGGAAAGCUGAGUUAACAAAAAUACCCUCUGAAAUUCUAUUACUUGCUUAUUUUAAAGGACACAUUCAUUGCCUGUGUUCUUGGUAAAUAAUUUUUUUUUCUAAAGUAAGAAAACCAAGCAUUGAGCAAUAAGAUAUUACAACACACCUUUCAUCAAACUAUAACCUCACAGAUAAAACCACCCCAAUUACAUGUAAGCAGUUGCUCUUCUGGGGAUGUGUAAGCAGGUGGUCCUUUGAUUACUUUGUGAAUGGACCAGCUUAAGGCUAAGGUCAGUGUUUGAUGGCAAUGUGGAAAGUUUUGAAUCUUGUUAUUGAUAAGUUCAUUGCAUUCUUCUUAUUCUUAGAAAUUUCAGUAAUAAUAAAUGCAAUUAUUGUUUGAAUAAUUUGAUUUUGCCAUAUAGCAUUCAGCAAUUUUUUCCAGUACCAACUAGAAUUUAGAAUCGGAUUAUAUAGCUUUAAAAAUCAUGCUAAAUUUAUGUAAAGAGAGAUAUUUAACCAUCAGCAAUAAAAAACUAGGAGCAUUGAUACCUUGAGAAGAUAAUCUCCGACAUCCACAAUAAAGUGUGUUAAUGUAUUUUUAAAAAUACAACAUAAAAUGCUUUCAUUGCCACUUGUAAUCCCAAAAGUCACACCAUACUGCAACCUUUCUCUUUAAAAUAAAUGCUUCAAGAAUUAUCAAAUAGCAAAAAAUAUCCGUUGGGAGAGUAGUGCUUCUGCAGGUGGUGUGCUAAAGACCGGCUGGGAGAGAGGCCAGGUGCCUGGAGAGAUGCAGCAUGUGGAGGAGAAGGAGCUGGAGCCACCAGUCAGGACUAAAGCAGGCGGGAGGUCCUCAUGGACAUGUGCUUGUGAGAAACAGGGGAGCUGUGGGAGCAGGGUGCAAGGCACCCCCUUACCUCUCCUUUCUUUUAUACCCACUCUCAAGUUGCAUACUCAUUUCUGUGACAUUCUGCCUUUGAAUGUAAAAAUAGUUCUAUGUUCAAAGUUGCUAGUUUUGUUCAUCUAAGACAAAAUAAACGGGCAAAAAAUGGGAAGAAGCAGAUCUAAUGAUUACUUUGAUCUUUUUUCCCCCUGUUGCUAUUGCCUAAGGCCAAUUUGUAAUGUUUGGUGAGAAGAGGUACAAUGAGCCAGAAGGCUUGUCUCACUUCCCAGUUUAUGGCAGUCCUGGCCGGACUGCCCGAACUAGGUGGUUUGCAAUUCCAUUUGUCCCUUCUGUUUCUGUGUUUAAUUAUUGAUCCAUGACAUCAAAACUUGUACUGUACGAGCUGCACCAGUGCCUAGCAAAGACUGUUGUGGGGACUUGGCAUGAGGGGAAUCCAAAGAGCACAAUGGCUAUUUUGUAUUCUAAUUGUUUGUGUUCCUAUUUUGUUAGAGAGAGAGAGAGAGAGAGAGAGAGAGAGAGAGAGAGAGCGCAAAGACUGAACUCUACUCCAGAUACUGAAAGCUUCAUACAGCAUUGAACACUUCUUAAUUGGGAAGACCCUGUAAUACUAGGGCUGAUCUGGAAAUAAUGGAGAAAGAAACAUUGAGAUUAUUUUUUUAAAUGCAUUUACAUGUACCUCCCCCCAAUUUACAUGAACAUGGAUAAAAAAAAAUAAUCUCGAAGCACUUUGGUGGAAAAUGUUUAUGUUUCUACUUAGCUCUUUUGUCUUUUUCUCAAAAUUACUAUAAUUUUUGCCCCUUUUUUUUUUUUUUUUUUUUUUGGCUUUCAUACCUUUGCAAUUACAUAGACUGCUGGUAGCAGUGAUUUCUCAGAGCCGAACUUUACUUGUUUACUGUUUUCUUUUGGCAUAAGAAUUUAGGUUUCUGCACACCUUCCCUCCUUGCUUCUUGUUCACAAGUAAACAAGAUAGGACUGGCCAGUGGUACCUCAUGACUGCUUUUCUUUCCCUUGUAGUUUUUGCUUUCUUGCUGGAGAAUCUGAUUUUUUUAUUGUAAGGUCCUGAUAAAACAUACUUGCUUUUGAAAACAUUUGGGGCUGGGGAUUUAGCUCAGUGGCUUAAGUGCCUGCCUGGCAAAUGCAAGGUCAUGAGUUCAAUCCCCAGUACCAAAAAAAAAAAAAAAAAAAAAAAAAAGAAAACAUUUGAAGUAGCAAGAUGCUGAAGGAGCUGCAUUUUUCUUAAUGAUCUGUGCGUGUUUUGUCCUCUAGAUCCAAAGUGACCCAGCUUCUCUCUAGCCACAUAGCUUCACAUUUUCACUCUCCCAUUUGGUUUCAAAGGGAUCCUGCCUGCUCUAUUUCUUAAGCAUAGUGGAUAUUUGGCCUUUGUUACCCUCAUAGUAUCUCUUCUCCCCUUGACUGUAUUCAUAACUUGUUUUUUCAUGGAAUCAUUUUAUACCACUCACAAAUCAUGAGUUUUCAGUAGGAUUAGCCCAAACUUCAUUUUUAAAAAGGGGGUGGGCUCAGGACAUUUUAAACUAUUUAUUUUACCUAAUUUUUCUUGCUCCAGUUUUUCUAGAGUAACCAGUUUUGUUGAGGUAAAUUUAGAUGAAGCUGUUGUUUGUUUUGGAGGGAGUGGGGAGGGUGGAAGGUUAUUUCCUGUGAACAUGAGGCUAAGCCGGAAUUGAUUGUCUGUCUCGCCAUAUCUGUUUCAUUCAUCUGAGGUCAAAAGAAGACAGAGAGUCAAUCAACAAAUGGAUUGGAGGAGAGAAUCCAGUCAACAAGUGGAGAAAGAAAGAUAUAAUGGAAACUAAAAGUGGGAAGGAAUGUAUUUAGCAUGAAAUUGUGAAGAAAACCACACUUGCCCCUAAACUUUAAUAUUUGCACAAAUGAAUGAGACUCAUCUUGCUUUGAUGAUGGUGAUUUGCAUGUUAUUUUGUAUUUGAAUUAAAGCUGAUCUAUGUUUUUAAUAUAUCAGAUUUAGCACGCUUGGUUUAAUGCUGUUUGACUGGAAUAUAUUUUCAUGUAAUUCUUUAAGAACAGUAUGUAAGAGGGGAAUUUUCUGAGUUUUUUAUGUACAUAAAAUCCUUUUCUGAAUCUUAAUUUAAUUUAUAGUUUGGAAAGUUACCAAUUCUAGAUUGGAAAUACUAUUCCUCCAUGUUUUGGGUGCAGUUACAGUUUGAUACUGAAAAGAAAUAAAAAAUGAACUGUGA